GCGCAAAACCUGGGCUAAGAACGCUGAUCCGGCGAAACAAGAUUAUGAGUAGAGAUCCAGUGCGUCAACAGAAACGCGAACUGAAGAAGACAGAACGAGAUUUGGAGCGAGACAGACGAGCGUUAGAGCGACAAGAGAAACAACUCGAAGCCGAAAUUAAGAAGGCGGCCAAACAGGGAAACAAACAAUUGGCCACAUCGCUGGCUAAACAGCUGAUAGGCGUGAGAAAGCAAAAAACAAGGUCAAUGGGAAUCAGCACGAAGGUUAAAAGCAUCGGAGCGCAAACUACAGCAAUGCAUUCCAAUGUUAAGUUAGCGCACGCGAUGGCCAACACUACAAGAACGAUGACCGCCAUGAAUGCGCAGAUCAGUCCCCAGGCGAUGCAACAGACAUUACAACAAUUUGAAAUGGAAUCAUCGAAAAUGGAAAUGACGGAAGAAAUGAUGGACGACACUCUCAGUUCGGUGUUGGACGAAUCGGGAGACGAGGAAGAGAGCGAGGCAAUCAUGAACCAAGUCUUGGACGAAAUCGGCAUCGAAAUCACCGGAAAAGUUGCUGCAGCACCUCGUGCUCACGCCUCUGCAUUACCAUCGGAAGGAGUAAAAGCGAAGACUCGGACACGAGCGCCAGAAGACGAUCUUGCCGAGCAGUUGGCGAGACUCAAAGACCUCUAGAUGUGUUUGUAUAUCUUGUAUGAUGUGGUUGAUACUUAUAUUGCGAUCUAUUUGCGUGUGGGAUGAGAUAUGGUUGCGAUCAAGGCGACGUCUUGUAUUUGGACAUGAACUGGUUUCAUUGAAUUCAA